UAUCGUUCAAAACUCUAGAUGAAGUUCAUGGCAAUUAGGAUAUUGUUGACAAACUUAGAGCUAUAGCAAAAAUGGGAAAUCUACUCAAUAUUAUAUAAGUUGGUUCUCCUGGAAUAGGGAAAACAAGUAGUGUUAAUUGUUUAGCAAGAUAAAUAUUGGGAGAUUCAAUAAAAGAAAGUGUACUUGAAUUAAAUGCAUCUGAUGAUAGAGGGAUUGAGACAGUGAGAGAAUAAAUAAAAGGAUUUGCAUAAAAAAAAGUAAAUUUAUAGGAAGGAUAACAUAAAAUAGUAAUAUAGAACAAACUAACAGAAGGUGCAUAAAAAGCAUUAAGAAUGAUCAUAAGUGAUUAGUCUACAUCAACAAGAUUUGUAUUAUCUUGUAAUGAUCCAACAAAAUUAAUUGAUGCAAUAAAAAGUAGAUGUUGUAUAUUGAGAUUCAAUAGAUUGAGUGAAAAUGAGAUUAGAGAUUGAUUAUUG